AUGAGGUCCGCCAAGUGCUGGAGGCCGGCGGCCGCCCUCCGUGCUAUCCACAUGUUAAAAGCGUGUAUGGGGAAUUUAGAUUUGCGCGAGGAAUGCCGCCAGAUUGUCGAAUGCUGGCACAAGGAGGGCAAACUGCCGGUUCGCUCUCCAAUGUCCAGGACCAGAGCCAACCCUGGGUCGCCCUUUUUAGCAUAUGGAACCAAGGCACCUGCUUGUAAUUGUUCCGCCAGGUGGGAUUCGGCACAGUUACAUUUCCCACCCUGGGCGGCUUGCAACAUGCACCGGGAUCAGCUCAACUCGCACAAGAUCAGAUGUAUGGAGUAA